AUGCCCGACACGUCCCCGCCCGUCGGCGCGCGCAUCGUGCUCAACAACUCGCUCGGCACUGUGCGCUACGUCGGCCCCGUCGACGGCACGCACGGGACGUGGCUCGGCGUCGAGUGGGACGACCCGCAGCGGGGCAAGCACGACGGGUGCAAAGACGGCAAGCGCUACUUUCGCUGUGCGACCGACCACCCCACCGCCGCGUCCUUCAUCCGCCCCGCCGCGAAGGGCCUGUCGUACGGGCGCUCCUUCCUCGCCGCGCUCACGGAAAAGUACAUCGACGACUCGCCCGCGCCCUCGAAGGAGGUUGUCACGCUCGGCUCGUCGCACGGGCUCAUCCAGGUCGAGGCCGUCGGGCUCGCCAAGGUUCGCUCGAACCUCGCCGACCUGGCGCGGCUCGUCGAGGUCUCGCUCGACGGCGCGCACAUCGCGUGGGCGGAGCAGCCGCCGCAGGUCGCGGAGCGCUGUCCGAGUGCGUGUGGCGUAUUAUUGUGA